AUGGCGAGCACUUUCAUGUACAGCACGGUGUGGAAGUUUCUUGAGCCUGAUGAGCUGAUCACCAUGUUCGAUGAGAUGGUUCAAGACGCGAAUGCCAGAUGCACAUACAUGUCGGACAAGCAGGUGGGCACAGCUUCAUGUCGUCUCUUCUCACUCCUGUACACCACUGACGAAGACNNUCAGAUGUUCCGCAUUGAGUUUCCAGAGCCCGGACAUGAACAGGCUUACUUCAAGUUCGUGGAUUUGUGCAACAACUACAUUGACCAGCACCAAGACGGCCCUCAGGAUGCCAUGAGCGACCCCAAGAUCUUUCGCCCGGCCGAGACUGGUGGAAAUGCAAACGCCGAGGAUGAACUUGACGAUCUAUUGAGGGAAGACGACGACAUCUUGCUUGACGAACCUCUUAUUGAUGUUGGUGGUCUCUCGUCCGACUACGAAGACGAGAACAAGCCCUUCUGGAGUCCUAAGAAUCCAAGCACGAACAUCGCACUUGUUCUACCAGACAGGGUUUUGCAAGAGGUUGCUCAAGACACUGCAUGCUCCUUGGAGAUGAGUGUCGAGAAGGCGUACGUCUCGAUCACCAACGCAACUGCCAGCAAGAUCCAAAUAAUCAUUAAGAAGCUGGACAACAUCGAGCGAAACUCGCACCGCCCACGAUUCGACUCGCAUCUCAUGCGUACGGAGAAAGAGCGCGAUCCUCUCCUACAACUCCAUCGUCUGCAGCACCUGAAAGAUGGACUGUUGUUGCAAACAUUGACUCCGGACGAAAAGAGGACUAGAGACAUGCUACCUCGUCAACGUGUGCUAUGCUUGAUGCGUCCAGAUGUCAACAACGAUCGACUGCGCAUCUUCAGUACCCGGCCUUCCAACUACGCUCACGACGCAGCACUGGUCCAGAGAUGGGCGUCCAUACCACUUCCGCACUUCAUCAGAGAAGGCAUGCAUGACCCCCUAGUGACCUUCGUUGACAAUUCCGUCGAGGAGUGGGUGCAGGGUACCAUUGAUUCUGCGCCUGAGGAUGGCGACCUGUUGAGUGGCGGUAUCGAGACUCUUGAUCUCGGUGAGGACAAUGAAGCACUCAGACCCGUGCCAGCACCUCUCAGACAGCAGGCCGAGCGUUCUGUUCAGGAUCUUGGGUUCCCCGAAGAGACUGAUUCUGAAGGUCGUCCGAAUUCGAGUCUGCUGACUGACGCCGAGGUCCGUCCAGAGUCAAGUUUCCUUAUCGACUACGAGGGUCGUCCACCAUCGCUGUCCCAAGCUGUCCACCGUGAGGAUCCCAUCUACCCCCAUGCCCCUAGGUCUGUCGAUCUUGGUUCCGCUGUUUCAUCAGGCCCUGUUGAGUCGUUGCAGACUAGGAUGGCAUCUGGAAUUAGAUUCGCAGAUAGGCUACCCAGAGCGCCAUGGGAUGUCACCACUGCACACCCAGCUCCAGUCGAAUGCAUUGCGCAACCUGUGACAAACUAUGUCGGAAACAAUGACACUGAGCCGUUCCCUCCUCUUGGAACAAAAGCUCCCCGACCUCGUGUACAGCAAGUGCAGUCAUCGAGACCAUGGACUCCUGCUGCACCACCUGGACUAUCGACUCACCCAGGCCAGUAUUCUCAACUGGCUCUUGCCGCUGAGCUUAAAGAGCCCAUCGACUUUGAUGAAAGAAUUCAGAUCGAAGAUGAAGUCGCUAGCCGCCGAUAUUUCAACACGACGGCUCAUCGCAAACCUAAGUCCAAGGCCAAGGGAAAGUCUAGCAAUCCAUCCUUCAAGGUGGAACUUGAUCUUCCGGACUGGGACCCUAGAGUGAGCAAGCUACCUAGCAAAUCAGACCAGAGUCAACCAAAGGCAUCUCUUGUCCAAGCAGCCCCAACUCCUCGGGCGAAGCCUCUAGUUGUGCCAGACUGCAGUAACGAUUUACUCCAGAUUCUGGACUGUGCCAGAACAUAUAGAGGACAUCUAGACAUGGAAAUCGCCAUCGGCCGCGUCCUGAUCGAAGGCUUGAGAGGGCCCGAAGCAAAGGAAUUUGCUGCCUCUAGGCCCAUGUCUUCCAAGCGUAUGGCAGCAGGCAUCAAGGAACACCUCUCUUCGGAUCAGGGAUCAGCUCUUCACUUCAUCGAAAGGCUGACUUCAUCCACUGUCGAGGCGUGCCAGAUCCCAACUCCACAACUGUUUCAUCAAGAUCCUGUUGAAGAAUAUUGGUAUGAGUUCCACUGCGAGGACAAACAUCACAACCGCCUCAUCGUCAAUGUCAAGGGUCCUGAUGAUACAAAAGUCGAACUCGUUCCUACUACAAUCGGUCAAGCAUUCUUCCACUACCCAAAGCGAAGGUGGGAUGCUUGCUUUGCUGUGAAAGGCCGAAAGCCAUACACGCACCGCAAGGCAGUCAUGGAGUUCUUGGAGAAGCUAUCAGCUGAAGUUCGUGAUUCUAAGGACGGUCGUCUUGUUGAUCUUCGCUUCCUGGUGACCAGUGACCUGAAGGUUGAGAGUGCCUACACCAAGAAGCGUCUUUCGUUCCGUCACAUCCACAACGAGCGCAUCACACUGCACCUCACGGAGGUACAAGAUCUGUUCAGAGGUUGGAUGAGGGAUAACACCUCGCUUCAUCAAUUCGCGUCUCGGGAGAAGACUGAGAUGAUUGCAUCUGGACGGUUCUGGUUCGAGGCAAACCUUUCAAUCUCUUCCAAGUCUUUCUUCGACCAAAAUCUGGUUACGAAGACGGGUGAUGAUGCCGCUUGGAACGCAAAGGAUGUGCUUGUCGACAAGAUGCUGUCGGAUGUCCAGGAUGUUAUUGAUCGUGUUGUCAUUCGUAUGGAUGGUGUUGGUGUGCAGAACAAGGGAUGGCGUGGUAGCGAGGAAGACAUGGCUGAGCUGGAGGAAUGGGAGCAAAGCAACAAGAUGCAGGGUCGUGUUGACUACUGGUGA